AUGGGAUGGAUGACGCUUGGCUCCCAGCAGCCACCUCGGACAGACUACGAACAGUUUUUGAGGAGAGACGACGCUGUCAAGGCCGGUGGAGUCGCUCAAGUUGAAGACGUAGAGUAUCCAAUUUGCUCCAAAGACAUUCAAAAUGUAGACUUGCCCAUCAUACCGGCAGAGACGGUGAAGUUGAGAGACGGAAAGAAAGGCUCAAAACUAUGGAUCGUGAUAGACGAGAUUGUCUAUGACUGCUCGGAUUUCACGAGGGUGCAUCCUGGCGGUGACAAUGUCAUCCAAAGCUUCGGUGGCCAAAAUUGUUCUUGGCAGUUCUGGCGCAUACACAGCCGCAAGCACCUGGUUGAAUCUGGCACAGCGUUAAGAGUGGGCAAGACCAAAGGCAUCGGAAACCGCUUCAAGGAGCCAAAGAAGUAUAUCGGACUGCGUACUUUGGACAAUGACGGGUGGUAA